AGCCUGGGCUCCAACGCGUCCCAGAAGAGGGGAAGUGACUGCAGGUUGGUUGGCGGAGGCAGAUCACUGUUGGCCCCAGGAUCCAGCUCUGGGGAGCUGAGAUUGUCUACCAGACGCUGCCUCGGAGGACUACAAUGGAAGAGGAAGGAAUAAGCAACUUCAAGGAACUUCGAGCCAAAUUUCAAAAGUUUGAUGCCCCACCUCUUCCAGGACCUAUUAAGUUGCCAGCUGAUGUUUCUGGAAAGGAGGACAGGGGACACACACAGCCAACUCAGAAUCUGGCUAUCAGGAAACGUCUCUCCUCCCCCCACCAUCAGCCCCUACCUUAUGCUUCUGCCGAAGUGUCCCGGCCUCUUAAAAGCCAGAAAACAAAGUCGACCCAGAGAGGUGAUAUUCAGAAGAAUUCAAAUUCCUCGGGACCUCUGGAAAAAUCUGCUGUGUGUCCUGCAAGAAAUUCCCAGAAAGCUGCCGUGCCAUUGGAUGCGAGUAAAUCAAGAUCCGAGACAUCUAGCGAGGGCAAAGGAAUGGGCAUCAGCAGCUUCAGAUAUAAGCUUUGGAACUGGGAGCAAUUUUCAUCUCAGAAGAGUGAAUUGUCCCCAGCUCCUCCCCUAACCAACUCUGGGAAUAAGGCCUUCCAUCUGGAAGGGCAGAAAACUACGGCACUUGCUCAUAGAAAACCUGAAAACGGCCCAGAGGCAAUAAGAGUCCAGACCCUUCCUCCCCAGAGCCGAAUGAUGGUCCAGAGAAAAUCACCCGUGGCCUCUGAACCCUCCCCUUCGCCACUUCCUCAGCACGGCAGGAAAAGCACAGAAAGCCCUGGAGCUGAGGGGAGCCCCAGGAGCAGCCUGUGCCAGCCUGUUUAUGAAUGUGAGCUUACCAGCCCGGUUCAAGAAAAGACAGAGAGCAGGCUUCACAGGCUUCCCAAAACAAAGCCACUGCCUUCCAUUGAGACCCUCGGUCCGCCUCCCCUGAAGCCUGCAAAACCCCCAUUUGUGAACCUCCAGGCCUUCCACAGGACAACUGCUGUCUCCAAGACCCUGAAAGAAGUGACUGCGAAGGAGAGCCCCCUGCUUCCAGACAGGACCGAGUUGGAAGAACCACAUAAUUAUGACACAACAAUUUCGUAUCUGAGUCAAUCUAGCAACUCCAUUAACCCGUGUGCUGCAGGAGAAACUACUGAUGUCACUUAUGAAGUUGAAAUUGAAGAACUCCAAAAGCCAUGGAGGAGUUUUCUCCAUCCAGAAUCGAACCCUAGACCUCAAGACAAAGAAAACAGCAUGAAGGAAAAGGAGCCAUCUGAAUUCAAACCUUCAAAACCAGAGGAUUCGCAUCCUAACCAUCCUUCUAAGGUAGGUGCAUGUGAAGGGACACCAGGAAAGGUCCAGAUGGCUGGAGUCCAUGAGGACAGAAGGAACGUUCCGGCUGGAAACCAGGAAGCCAUGACUGACAUCCCUCGGAACAGGCUCUUUCCCGAGGACGUGAUGCCAAUAAGGCACUCCCAAGACAAAGGUGGAUAUGUGGAGGCUUUGGAGGUGACCAAAGAAACCCCAAGUCCAAGCACCAUUAGGUCAAAUUCCUCUUCAGAGAAGACGUACGAUGAUGUGGGGUGCUCCAGAGGAGAUCUACCAAAGUGGGACUUCUCCAGCUCAUUCACCUCGGACAGCGAAGAAAAUAGUGAAGAAAUGUAUGAAGACAUCUACAAAACAAAGAAUAAUGAGCAAAAGCCAGAUGUAGAUGGAAGGGCAGCGCUGAGAAGAUUGCAGCAGCUCUUCAGGAAAGAGAAGGGCGUAUUCAGGGUGAAGAAAGCCAAGUCGAGAGAAAACGUCAGCAAUGGAUUUUCCAUGUCACUGCCUGACUUAGGAAUUAGGUCUCAGGACGUCAUCAUCUACGACGACGUGGACACAAGCGAGAAAGAACCAAAAGAUGAAGAUAAGCUAAAAACUUGGAAGCCUAAGUUUUUUACCUCAAAGGGGAAUAAAAGGGAAAAAGGCAGCAAUGGAUCCAAAAGUUUUUCUCCCAGAAAUUUCUUCAGAACUAAGAAGCACAACUUAGAAAAGAAUAGAAUGGAAAAAGAAGAAAAACUUUUCAGAGAAAGAUUUCAGGCACCGACUUGGUCCUACUCCACAUCUGACAUCCCUCUGCUCCUUUCUCCAUCUUCUGUGUUCACUUGUCAAGACCCAGUUGAGGCAUCUUCUCAUUCCAGAAAGACCUGCUCAGACUUCUGCUAACCUAAAUACCAACUUCUGGUACAGUUCAUCAUACGAAACUGGGAGCCUCUAGGGGACACAGGCCAUCUCAUCCUCACAUCUGUGUGCACAGCUGAGAACCACCACCUCACACUUCAUGAACAUCCUAAACUGUUUGGAAAGUGAGCUAAAAAAAAGACUGACUAUACAUAAAUACAUUACAUUAACUGCAGCUAUAAUCUGCUUGGCCAAAGCUGAUAAGGAAGUUGUUAUCUGAAAUCACCACAUAGUAGGAUGUUAUUUGAUUAGAUCAAAAUAACAGUCUAGCAAUCUGUGGUUGAAAAGACCCCUAUAAUCUACCAAGGCUUUCUCCCUUGGCCUUGACUGCCCUGAAUGGGACAGAAAUCCAGUCUCCUCUGUAUGUCUAUGAGUCUAUUCCUAAUUAUCUGAGGUGGACUUCCAGUUAGCUGUAGAAAAAUAAUGCCAAUUCAAUCCUGCUCAAAAGAUACUGUGUCUUUCACUGUUGACAGGACUUGAGGGUGCAAAGGUAAGGAACACUCGCUUUAAGUUUCUUUUUAAAAGGCAGUUUAUUUACUGGAUUCUCCAAUAGGAAAUAGUUAGUACAGAGUCAGCAGUAGCUGUUCUUGGCAGUCACAAAGAUAUCAGAGGUUGUUGACAGCUGAGUAUUUCAAGUAGAAAAAAAAAAGCACUCACAUGAGCAAAGGCCUGGAGAGAUGGGAGCAUGGUGUGUUUACAAAGCACCCUGGAGCUACCUGGGGUUUCAGUAAGGACACAGACUAAGGGACAAAGAAUGACAGUAUGCAAAAGACCCUGAAUAUCAAGCCAAAAAGAUGUGGACCUCAUCCUGAAGGCAACAGACUUCAGAACUGUGUAACUAGGAAGGUGACCUACUUAAGAUUUGUUUAUGAAACCACUGAGAAUUCCUAGUAACCAAACACCAUCCUGGAGAGAGGAAAAGAAGUUAGAGGUUCGUGAGGGUAACAGGUGGCGCUCGUAGUCAGGAGACCUUACACAUUAUCCUAAUCUGCUAAAGCAAACACCAAUGACCAAAGCUACCUAUCCUAGUUUGUGUUUUCCUGAUCAGUGCAGGAGAAGGUGAAGUAUCCAUAGGCCAGCUCAUCAGGAAGCAAUUCUGUGGGUUCACAACUAUUUCCCACCAGGGAUUGCUCCUUCACAAAUGCCUGUCUUUCAGCAUACACAUGCAUUUCCCCCACAUACCCGACUACCACCAUUUAAAGUACAUGGAUCUCUGAAAAGGUGAGGAUGGAGCAUCAUCUUGAAACAGAAAGUUAACUCUACAGUUUUGUUUAAAUGUUUUCUCUCCUGAGUUAGGAGGUACUUUGUUACUGUUUCAGCAUACCUGGAGUUAAGUUAUGUUCAUAACCACCAGGACUUGUUCAGUUAUGUAUUGGUGGAUGUGAAAACAGCUUUAAAAUGUAAUCACAUUAGACAAAUGUUUUGGUCUGGAUUUUACUGUUAUUUUAAAGAACUUUCACUGUAAUGCCCUGUCAUUUGUCUUGUUAGUGUCUGGCAUCCUGUAUUUUAAGGUUACUCUAUUGUAUCUUCCAUUAACUCUGUUAUAAUAACCAUGCAAGCAUGCCCUUACUAUAAUUUCUCGUUUUAGUAUGGUAAAGAGAUUGUGGUCAUUAACAGAGCAGUAGCAUGCUCCAGUAAUUCACGAAAUGGAAUAUUUGAUCUGCCAAUAACUCCUGGAGAACAGCUGGAAGUCAUCGACACCACUGAACAAAACCUAGUGAUAUGUCGC